CCGUGCGCCGUAAUACUACUUCUCGUCCUCCGGACUUUAUGGAUUUAUAAUCGGAUGUGUGAGGAGCGGAUCCAGGGGAGUUUCAAGCCGAACGAGAGGACUUCUUUUCGGACUCGACCCGGACACUUUCCCCACUGAAACGCGGGGGAAACUGGAUUAAAGCUUCUUCAUGCAACUUUUUUGGAGAGAAACCAAGAGCACCUCAGCGGGAGAUAACAAGACCAGUAACGGUCCCGCUUUCUCUCUGAGUCCCUGCGGAAUGUACCAAGGGUUCCCCGGCGACCCCGACAGCGGAUCCCCAGGAAGCUCGUCCCCAUCCAUAGAGUGCCUUUCCUCCGUGGACUCCUUCGGCAGCCCGCCGACCACCAGUGCUCCGCAGGAGUGUGUGUCAGUGGGAGCUGGCUUGAGCAUUGCGGGCAGCGGGCCAGGGACCAGUGUCGGAGUGGAGAUGCCCGGCUCAUUUGUGCCAACCGUCACCGCCAUCACCACCAGUCAGGACCUGCAGUGGAUGGUGCAGCCAACCCUCGUCUCUUCCCAGGCCUCUGGACAAAGUGGGUCCAGUGGCACCACAGCCAUGACCCAGCCAGUGUCACUUAUUGACCCUUAUGAUAUGCCAGGCCCCAGUUACUCAUUGAGGUCUGGAUUCACUCCCCCGAGUUCAGAAACUCCGGGCCCAGCCCCGGGCCCUAUGCGCCAGUCUCGAGCCCGCAGCCGCCGCGCUCGUGAGGAGUCUGUGAGUGACGAUGGAGAUGUUGGUGUGUUUCUAACACCCGAGGAGGAGGAGAAGAGGCGUGUUCGUCGAGAGAGAAACAAGAUGGCCGCUGCCAAGUGCAGAAACCGCCGACGAGAGCUCACAGACAGAUUGCAGUCGGAGACGGACAUUCUGGAGGAGGAGAAGGCUGAGCUGGAGUCCGAGAUUUCUGAGUUGCAGAAGGAGAAGGAGCGCCUAGAGUUUGUCCUGGUGGCCCACCAGCCCACCUGUAAGAUCCAAUACCAGGUCCAGCAUCCACAGGGCCCAGCGCCACUCCCUCCGGUCCAGGCCCAGCUCCCUCCCCAGACCUUGCAACCUUCUGUCUCCAUUGUGGGUUUGGCUGUGAAGGAAGACUCUUUCUUUCUUCCUCCUGCCUACACCCCCCAUCCGGCCUCCACACAGUCCCAGCCUCCGGUUCAGCAGCAGCAGCAGCAACUUCAGCAGCAACUUCAGCAGCAACUUCAGCAAGGGAUAAUGCAGGAGGUAGAGUUUUCUAGUUCUUUCUAUGGCUCAAGUGAGCCAGUACCUGGUGGGCCGUGCCUUAUGGCCAGCGACGGUGGUGGUGGUAACCAUGACGAUGCCGCCAUUGGCCGCUACAACACCUCAUACACAUCUUCAUUUGUGUUCACCUACCCAGAGGGAGCCUGCGGGGUCAGUGCCAACCAGAGGAACAGCAGUAGCGAGCAGUCAUCUGAUUCCCUGAACUCGCCUUCGCUGUUGGCGCUCUGACUGACCGACAGACACAUGCGCACACAUAUCAACACGCAGAUACAUUGUACUCCCUGGAAGUAGAGGCUGAGGCUAGUAUAUGCACAGUGCCAAUCAGUCUCACAGAUUAAAACAAAAGAAACAGUCAUUUGUAUCUGAAUGGGUUAAAGUUUACCAAUCUGAAAUACAUUCCAAAAAAGAGCCAUACAAACCCUAAAUAUUGAGCUUGAAUAUUGAAUAAAUUCUGGUUUUGUAUUAUCAGAAUUCCUGCAACUGGACGAGAGAAGUGAAUUAAAAACCACGUCCAAGUUGCCACUUUUACGUGCAUUAACAUAAUAACACACGACCAAUACUCUGAAUCUUCACCAUGUACAGUUAAUAACAUAAUUUCACUUUACAGUGCAACACGCACCAGAGGCCCCACCUUGUUCCCUCUGUCGGUCGCCCCCUUCCCAGUGCUCUUGCUCUCAUCCUUUUCCAUAACUUUCUCCCUUCUGCUCUUGCUGAAUGUAUUUGUGCAAAUCUGAGAGACGGACGAAAGACACUUGGUUCCGGGUCUUUUUUGUGGGAGACUGCUGAACGCUGGCUUACCUCUAACCCUUCAUCUGCUCGACAUCCCUCCGCUUCUUCACAUGCUGCUUGGACUUGGCACGUAUAGGAUCUGAAUAUCACAGGCUCUGCUAAAUCUUGUGUUUUCUUCCUUUGUUUUGAAAAAUACUUCUGCCGUCUGCCUACCUGCCAUGCGAACCAUCUCUAGUCCAUCUCUGUUUUUCCUAUUCUUUCUCUGUGUUUCUCCCUCUCCCUGAAGUCUUCAUCCCCCGAGAGCCCGAAGACCCCUUCCGACCCCUGGGACCUUGAGUGAAUGACGGCCUAACUAACACGCCCCUUAGCACCCUCUCAUACAAGGACAUGGACACAUACAGAAGAACCUUAAUCUUCUAUCUCUGAUCCUAACGGCGCAGCAGCUACAUUUCUAACACACGCACACAGACAAAUAAUUGAUGAACCCAAAAUGCGAGAUGGAUGCUGCUGUCCUCUGCUGAGCCAUUUUUACAAGAUGACGAUAAGUCUCAUCUGAUGUUCUGAGGCAGAUUAAAAGUAGGUGGAGAGAGAUUUUAACAGGAGUGGAGGAAGGAAGUCCAAGCAACCUGGACAGACUCAAAUGGAGAGGUGAUGGAUAACUAUCGAUUUUCGGAACCAAAUGUUGAAAACAAAGAAUGAGCCAAAUUCUUUAAAAAAAAAAAAAGUUAAAAUAGGAAAGAAAACAUAUCGUGCUCUUGCCAACCGUGUGGGAGGAUGCCCUCAGUAAAACACACCUCCAUACCACAGGGCUUCAUCACCCUGGGCCUACGUGUGCACAUAGUCUCUGAACUGAAGAUACAGACGUUUUGUUGCAUCGCACCAGCUCAGAGUUUUGCUGAGAAUCAAUCAGAGGAUUCAAAGGAGGGACCGUUUUUUGGAGUGAUUCAGACAACCUCUAAGCAUUGGGCUCGGUGGUCUCUGUACCCCCCCGGCUCUCUCAGUGGAGACGAGCUGGGGGUGCGUUUAUUGGGAGUGCUACCACUCGGAGGCACCUGGCCCGUUUAUUUCUUUCUUUAUUGAGGUUGAUGUGGUGAGAGAGCACAAAGCAAGACCCGGGAACAAAAGAGGAUUUAAAAAAAACAAAACAUGGGCCGAUCGUUGUGGAGUGAGCGUCUUUUCUUCGCCUGUGAAUUUGUAAAAUUUGUUUUUCCUGUAUGUUCACGUGAGAACUGUUAUAUAUUUUAAUGUUAAUGUAUGUUUGUGUGUUUAAUUUUUUUCCAAUGACCUCUGCUUUCUCUCGUACUGUUGCCUUUCCAUUUUUUGUUUUUACUUUUUAUAAUUUUUUAACCAAGAGGUUUCCUUGUUACUGUUACUAUUAUUAUUACAUUAUAAGUAUUGUUUCCUUAUUUUAUUGUAUUUUCAUUUGGCAACUUCAGAGGCAUGUUGUGCACUACAAAAAAAAUUAUAAGUCUAUAUGCAUAUACAUACAGGUAACAUGUAUAUAUAAGUGUAUGCACCAUGAUUGUAAAGUAUGAAUGUCUGCAGAGCUAGAUGGGAUAUUUUUGUCAUUAAAGAAGAGAAAGAAAAAAUAUUGCGGAGGUUUAGUUUUAAAAAGAAUAUUUUUCUAAAGGAACAAACAAAACUAUAUUAGAUUUAAAGAGCUGCCCUGUCCUUUAACAUGAAGCACGAUGUCAAUGCCUCUAUCAGUGUGUAUAUAUGUUUUAUAAACAAUAUAAAGCACUAUCCAGUUAGAUUAAAUGUACUUUUAUGAUUCUGAUGUUAGAAGGUUGUGGGAACAUCUGUUGUUUGCUUGAUUUUCUCUGUGAGGUCUGUCCUAAACCUACUGACACCUUGAUGCCACUUGACCCUUAGCAGAUAAAAAAUGAGGGGGAAAAAUCUGUGUGACUUUCAAUACACAUUAAAAGAGUUUAGACUA